AUGGCGCACUGGAGGGAGGAGUACGCCGCCGCUUUGGCGGCUAGAGAUCGACGCGAAAAAGCCAACAUCUCCAUCUACAAUGCUUACACCAAACUUGCCGAUCGAACAGCCUCUCUGAACGCAGAGACCAAUAAUGCUCAAGGCCCUACCUCAGCGGGAAACCGUGCAACCCGCGCGGACCUUGUGGAAGCGCAACGAUCCCGCUCUGAGCUCGAAGACCGACUUGGACGGGUGACCAUCGAGCUCGAAAAGCUACGGAAACGAAGCACCUAUGAUGGAAAGCGAAUCAGCUCUAUGGAAGGCGAAAUAACACACGUUCAGCUCCGGUUGAAGGAUAGGGAUGAAGAAUUGCGCGGGAAGGCCAAACUAUUAGAGGAUUUCCAAGAUGAGCUAGCGACAUUGAAUCUUCAGCUCAACAUGGCUGAAGAGCGGACGGACCGGUUGCGCAAGGAGAACCAAGACCUAGUUGAUCGUUGGAUGGCUAGGAUGGGUAAGGAAGCAGACGCCAUGAAUGAUGCGUCAAAAUUUUCAUAAGACAUGUAAAAUCUUCUUGUUGUAGAACCAUCCCCCGCCUAUUCCCUCAUCCCAGGGGUCUGGACACUACUAGGCUACACGUCGAAGUUUCUUGGGAUAUAACAGUAAAUACUUUGCGAUAGAAAGAUGGAGUGUUAUGAAACGCUAUAAUAGCAAGCUGUCUACCAGAGGCAACAAGAAUGACCAUUAAGAUCACUGUAUUUGUACAUUUUGAUAUUUAUAAGUUGUAUAAUAAGAAUGGUAUCCUGCUUCUGCU